AUGGUUUGGGAUGAGUUGGACUGCAGACUGAAGGAUAAACAGCCAGCAAGUGCUCAGCACAUCCGGGAACUCCAUCAAGACUGUUGGAAAAGCAUUCCAGGUGUUUACCUCAUGAAGCUGACUGGGAGAAUGCCAAGAGUUGAGUGUGUUGUGCUGCGUGGGAUCUUCAAACUGGGGAAGAAGAGUCACGACGUCCUGCUCACCCAAACCAGACUGACCUGGACUCCCAUCACCCCCGAGACCCCCACAGGUGAGGUUUGUGCCCUGCAGCCAGGUGUGGUGCUGCUGCAGGAUGUGUUUGCAGUGAAGGUGAAGCGGCGGCGAGCGGCAGGCCAGCAGUCGGGGGGAUCCGUGCUCGGCAUGGCUCUGUUCUGCUGCAGGCGGAGAGGGAGGAGGCUGGUGGAGGUCACGCUGCAUCUCCACAAUGCCUCUGCCGAACACACACACACCUGGUACAACACCCUGAAAGAGCUGCUCACAGGGUUCAGCAGUCGUCCGAGAUAUGUGAAGGUGUUCAUCAACCCCAGCAGCCACAAGAAGGAGGCCGUUCACAUCUACAGAGAACAUGUGGCUCCGCUCUUCAAGAUGGCCGACGUCCGCACCGACAUCACCGUGACAGAGAGGAAGGGCCAUGCUCUCUCAGUGAUGAAGGAAUGCAAGCUGGAUGAAUAUGAUGGGGUGGUGUGUGUCGGAGGGGACGGUUCGGUGGCAGAGCUGUGUCACGCUCUGGUCCUGAGAGCUCAGCUGGACGCAGACUCUCCAGAGAAACCAGUGAAACCUGUGCUGCCACUGGGGAUCAUUCCUGCAGGCUCUACAGAUGUGGUUUCCUGUUCUGUUCAUGGAGUCAGAGAUCCAGUCACUGCAACCCUCCACAUUGUCCUGGGUCACCUACAGCUGGUGGACAUGUGCAGCUUCUCAUCUCUGGGUCAGUUGGUACGUUUCGGUUUCUCCGCCAUGUUUGGCUUUGGCGGGCAGAGCUUAGCGCGGGCGGAGAAGAAGAGGUGGAUGUCAUCGUCACGGCGACGAGAGUAUGCUCUAGUGAAGACGCUGGCUAGACUUCGGCCAGAGGACUGUCAGCUGUCUUUCUUACCAGCAAAGAAAUCAACCAGGAAUCUGUUUGAACAUCGAGACGAGGACCAGGAUGUGGACCAUGAUCCAGAGUCAGAGGGGGAGGAGUCCUGGACGACUGAUCAGGGCCUGUAUCUCAGCAUCAGCAUCAUGUCCAUCCCCUGUCUGAGUCCACAUGCACCUCGAGGACUGGCUCCCGACACCAGUUUGGCAAAUGGCAGUGCAGCGCUGAUCGCAGUGAGAAACACUUCCAGGUCAGAGUUCAUCAAACACCUGAAGAGAUACAACGGAUCCAGUGGACAGUUCAGCUUCUCCUUCGUGGAGACGCACACCGUGUCAGCGGUGAGGAUCCGCCCACGUUUACUGACUGGGUGGUCGGAGGAGGAGAGCGAGGAGGAAGGCGACUCCAAAACAACGCCCAUCAUCCAAUCAGGGGGAGCCGCCUUCCCCUGGAACAUUGAUGGAGAGCUGGUGGAAAUCGCUAACGAAGUGGUCAUCAGGGUCCACCCGCGGCUCAUCACUCUGUACGGGGAGGAGGUGGACGAGGCUGAGUUGACCAUCUCCUGCAGCUGCAUCUGAGUCCAGCGGAGGACGCUGUGUGACAUGUCGCAAUGGUAACCGCAAUGACUCAACAGAGCACUCUGUCGAUACGGUUUCCAUGGUGAUGUGACCUAAUGUCAAGGUUUCAUUCAAAGUAGUAAAAGUACACAAAAAACAAGCAACAGAGUUUUGCAGCUUCCUGUUAAAGCUGCUUUUUUUUUUAGCCACUUGAUUGCAUCAAUAAGUUAACUACAAAACAAGCUACCUUUAACUCCAAAUUAACAGUGCUUUAUAAGUUUAUUACUUCUUGAAAUAAUGAAGGAUAAAGAUUAAUGUUUUAUAUUCAAAUUAAUGUUUACAUUUUUCUAUAUUUUAACUGAAAGAUUUUCUCAGAUGACUUGACGUUAAUAUCAUUUGUGUUGCAUAUUUUUUUAUUAAAGGUUUCAAUUUUUGCUUAAUGUCUCCCAGCGUCUGGUUCAGCAGCAGCGAGGCAAAGAUGCAGAUUAAUUUUUUUUAAAAAGCUAAUUUUAUUAAUGUGAAAUGUUUAUAACCUAGUAGCAAUUAGAUUGUCUCUAAUUUCACAUUAAUUAGAACACACUUUGUGCAGUUUAUUUUACAUUAGCUGAGUACUGAUUAUUGUCUGAAUAUUGUGCAUGUUGAUAGUAAAGCUGCUUUCUGUACAGAUGAUGUUGCUGCAAAACAAGCCGAACCACAAACCAUAAGUUUGUGUUCAAAGACUUUACAACUUUUAUAUUUGAAUAUAACAGAGCUGUUUAUAUGAACUUGGCUGUUUUUAUGUAGAAUCUCUUUUAAGCUCUGUUAUUAUAAUGCUGAUUUUUAGAGCAACAGCUGUGAUCAUGAUGAGAAAAAAGCUGCAAGUUGUUUAAAUAGAAAAUCUUUAAUUUUAAUAGAAAACUGUUGAUAAAAGCAGUGAGACUCUCCAGUGCAGAACAACUUCACAUAAACAAAAACAAU